CUCAACGUCACCAACCAAUUCGUGCUUGAAUGCUGUGGAAACCGCCAUUGUUACUGCCUGGUAUUCUCACAUCUGACCAUUGAAGUCAAACGUGAUAUUAGUACAGGGAAGAGACACAAUGGAUGAAAUGCCAGCAUUUUCGUCUCAAUCCAGCCAAUAUGAGCUCCACCAGAUCGCUUACGAUCAAGAGAAUUUCGAUUCCUCGCCACUACGACCUCGGAGCACAACUGAAAGCGGUCAGAAGCUGAGAAAGCCUCCCACGGUCACUCCCAAAAGGUUCAAGAAGUUCUUCACGCCGAGAACAUCGUCCUCGACAAAGAACACGCAACCGAGUAAAGCAGGCCGACAGCUCCGUGACAUUACUCGAAAUGGCAUCAACCGUCGACGGACCGGAGAGGUCACUGACGAUUUCCUUGGAAGCGACCCCGCGGAGUCCUUACCACGAUCUGCAAAACGCCAGAAGCUUUGCUUCGACAUCGAGAGUUCGCCUCCUCAAUCUUCGCCGCUCAAGCGUGUAUCAUUUGCUGGAGUACCUCAGAUUCGACGCGAUGUUCGUCUUCCUUCACCCACGUUCAGCGAUGCAGAAGGCCUUCCCGAUCUAUUCCGAGAACUCGAACCUUUCCCAACUCCCAUUCGCUGUCUGCGUAAGAAUGGGAAUUCACGAAGACUACUGGAACGUAGUUUUGGAGGAUUCGAUGCCACCUCACGAGGUGUUCGACGUGUCGAUCAUGUUGCAGACUAUCGGGCAGAAGCGGCAAAUUUCAUGACCACUCCGAAUGAUGUUCAAGAUUUUAUUGGUUCAAGUCUACCGGUCUGCUCAGCCAGCUGCAACACAAAUUCGCUCGUUGCUAUUGGCAAUGAAGGGGGAAGCAUCCGACUGUUGGACACGUCUCCAGAGUCGGACUUUAGACAAAUCCAUGUCGAAUUUCAGGUGCACAAUAACUCCGUCAUGGACAUGGCUUUCAGUCCCGACGACUAUCUAUUAGCAUCUGCUGGUGGCGAUCAGACCACUCGACUGAUCGAUAUGCAUACCCAGCAAGUUGUUUGCAUUUUAUCAGGUCACAACAGCAGUCUCAAACAAGUACGAUUCAACCCUCGUGAGGAGAAUUUGAUCACGACAAGCAGCAGAGAUGGUACUGUCCGAGUUUGGGAUCUCCGGUGCACUGGAAACUCCAGUGUGCAGAGCCUGCGGACUUCUUUCGAACACCAAGUGGAUGCGGAUGGACACAGAGAGCCCGCCACCAGAUACAGCACCGCACAAUUGAACAUCGCCUCUGCACUUCGCUACACGAGCCGACCAAACGCCGAAGAGUCGAGGAGUAACUACUCCAUCACCGCAUUCCAGCACAUGCCACAUGGCCGUGAGCAUCUCAUCGUCACAUCCAGCGACGCCAACGCAUCGAUGAAGGUCUGGGACAUCCGCAAUUUCGGCCGCCGCAAUCCGGUCCCGCUUUCCAGCACUCCCGUCCCCGAGCUCCACCGUCGCACGCGCAAUCACGGCAUCAGCUCCAUGGUCCUCUCCGGCGACGGCGCUCGACUAUACGCCGUAUGCCGCGAUGCGACCAUCUACGCCUACUCGGCCAACCACCUCGCCCUCGGCAGCGUGCCGGAAAUGUCCUCCAAGCCCGCUCGUCAGCGGAUGCUGAACGAGCCCAUAAACGGACUGGCCCCACUCUACGGCUUCAAGCACCCGUCCCUCCGCAUCGGAACCUUCUACGUCCGCGCCGCCCUCCGGCCCGCCAGGAACGACCAAUGCGAAAUGCUCGCGGUGGGCAGCGCCGACCACGAACCCAUCCUCUUCCCCACCGACGAGCGCCACUUGGCCCGGAAAGAACGCCGCCACGAGGACAGCGACGACGACGAAGACGAAGGAGAAGAUCUCCCCGUGCUCCCCGCACCCCGCAUGUCCCUCCGCUCCUCAGCCUCCAAACCCGCCGCUCCCACCACCACCAUCCCCUCCUCCUUCACCUCGCUCCUCGCCGCCAACAGCCAGCUCUCGUCCCUCCCCAUCCACCAACGCGGCACCGCGCUCGUGCGCGGACACACCAUGGAGGUGACGUCGCUCGUCUGGAGCGUGGCCGGCGACCUCGUCACCGUGAGCGACGACCUCACCGCCCGAUGCUGGCGCAGCGACGCGGGCAAGGCACGGGAACUCCGGACGUGCGGGGAGGGCGAAGGCGCGAGGUGGAAUUCCGGCUGGGCGGACGUGGCGGCGGAGUGGGAUGCGGAGGAGGUCUGAAUGAUGAUGAGGAGAGGAAAGAAAAAGAUGGCUGUGUGUGUGUGAAAGAGAGAGAGAGAGAUCUGGGUGGGAAACUGGAAAUUGCUGAGUUUGAAAGCGCGGCGAGAUGUGGACAUCUAUGUAUACCCUUUUGUUGUUGUUGUUGUUGUUGUUGUUGUUUUUCGCUAUAUCAUCGUCGCUCCCGUGGAUCCCCACGAAGAAGGAAACCAUGCGAACCAGUCCUUCUCCCCUGACAUAUCAUUUAGACUUCUAUAAAACACGAGGAACGGUGGGGAAAAGCCGAAGUAGUACAGAAGAAGGAGAAGGAGAGAAGAGAAGAGCCACUGCAGCUCUCUCACAGAAAUCUUCCCCUCCCGGAAGGAAGGAAGGAAACUCGAAUGGAAAGAAAGAAACAACACCAUCUCUCCCACCGGCUAUUUCCCUCUCUGUCCAAUUUCUCCAAUUAAACAAGAAUCGAUCG